UCUAGGUACAGCAAACGGAAUGGGACAGCAGUAAGUCAGCAAAAACGGCUCGAUGUUCAGGCAAUUUUGGUAAGUAAUAGUCAAAUUCGUGGUUGAAAAUUGGCCCCACGCAGUACCGUAACAUAGGCUCAAGAAAAUCUCACAAAAAUUUACGCAGUCGCCUCCCGAAAAAAUCAACCUUGUCCACAUGGUACACCAACAGCUGAUCGUCGACAUCGAAGUUGCGGAUCGAUGGUUUCAAUGGGACUAGUGUGGUGCACACUAACAACAAAAAACAGACUCAACGCAGAAGAAAAAUCAGCCAUGGUAUCAAUAUUUUGGUGUAACCUUAUCGGCUGGUUAAGAACGAUCUUGAUUUUGCUAAUGCAAUAAAAUUUAGACAUUUUCGUUAACUAUCAUCGAUUCAUCGCUUUUAUACGUAAACAAAAUACAGUUUCGCAUAAAGGAGCCCAGAAUUUAAGAACUGAGAUAAAAUCAUUACCAUAAAGCUCGAAGUUCAUUUCUCAAAUGUCUUGAUUCGACAGCUGACAUCCGUGAGCAGUGAAACUUACAGUGUUAGUAAGGUUUGAACAGAUUGUGGCACCAAAUACUAAAAACCAAAAAAUGUUUCAUUUUGAAAUAUUAAACCAAUGAAAUGACAUUCAUUCUGUACGAUAUUUUAUUUGCUUGGUUUAAUGUUUUAAAGAUUAUUAAGAUAGAGUGAUUCCUUUUUCGACGGUACUCUAUCUUAUCCUAAUAUUUACAUAGUUUUUCUGCUGUUGUGAAUAUCGAACCUCGGUUACAUUAAACACUUGUACGAGGUUUAUUUAACCUUUAAUGCAAACCAAGAAUGUACUUCAAUGCAUCCUCUAAGUUGUUUAUGACGAUGACAGACUAUAGAAAAGGUUCGUUUACUUGCAAGCCUGGUGUCAAAUAUGUGGUCUAAAUUGCGUGGAUGUGAUGGGCUUCGAGGUGUUCCGUGAAGAUAUGAAGGAAGGUGUGUUUAAGGGUUUUUCAAAGACUUCAUUGCGGCUCUGUAUGGGCGCAAAGAGCAGUGUCACAAAUUUUCCAAGCAAAGAUUUAAAGGUGUUCCUGAAAACCUUGCUGCGCCCAAUGCGCUAAUAAAAUUGCACGCAGUUGCCAAGUUAUCGAUUAAUUUCCGUCUGGUGUGUUGUGGCUAGUAUAAGUCCUUUAUAAACAAUUAAAAGAAAUACGUCUUGUUUUUAAGCUGUGCCAUCUCUAAGUUCUACAACACAUAAAUAUUUAGACUCAUUCGCCAACUCCAAAUAACAUGAAAAGCAUAUCUCAGCUGUAUUAACAAAGUUGUUCGUAAUUGUAGUCGUAUUUCUAGACGGGACAAGUGCACACUACUCCGACACGACAAAUGCUGUUUGUCAUCCAAAAAUUACUGACAAACCGCCCUACGCCGAUCGUGCCAUAGAACAUUAUAAUAGAGAUUCCGGUUCCAAACACGUCGUGCGAUCUCGAAACCACUUACAUAGAGCUUUCCGACGGAACUUUUCGACAAAAUCAGGGAUCCUUAAAACACAGAUUGGGAUAUACUUUGUAUUGCACCGUGCUGGGUCUGAACUGCAACAGAUCCCGAGGAUUUCGGAGCCGGACACCGAUACUGAAUGCAUCUAUGACGAAGUAUGUCCGAGCUUUCGGCGAGGUGAAUAAACCCAUCUUUACAUCACCAUGUAUAUGAAGAGUAUAAGUGAGAGAUUCUGUGAGACGAAGACAUCGUCUUGUCAAUCAGAAGAAUCCGUUUGAGCACUGAGAGUGACUUUUCGACGCCAAAGUCACCAAAAGCACGUGGCGUGGAGGACGGCGGUUCUAUAGCUUUUAAAUCGGAUUCGAAGAGCUAACAACCUAACGAGCAAACCUAUUCUUUAACUUUGGUGAAGAUAAACCUGCACAUUGAGAAGGCAACGUGUUUCUAUGGUACACAGAUGACUCAAUAACACUGAACUGUGACUAAAUUAUGUUGAGGGAUCGUGAUGCUUAGCUCUUUUCGGCAGCUACCGUUACGUGUAAACUGAACUUACUCAUGGGAAGGGUAAUCGUUGACGGGGGCAGCACCUCGUACUUUGCUGAGCAAGAUCUGUACGGGUCACCUGAAAGCAUGGCCGACAUCAAGUCAUUGGAAUACCCCACCUUGAAGGUUCCGUAUGAAAUGCUCAAUAAAAAGUUUCGCACUGCACAGAAGAACAUAGAUAGAGAGGUCAGCCAUGUGACGGCUGUUACCGCCGAACUUGAAAGGAGUUGCAGCUCAGGUGGUCGUGGGAGUGUAGGUGAGAUUAAGCAGCUACUGGGCAGCGUCGUUGAGAAGUUAAAUUUGCUUAAGAGGAAGGCGGACGAGAGUCUUCUUGAGGAGGUUGAAGCAGCUCAGUUAUGCAAACGUCGACUGGAACACCUCAAGGAAGGAGCUCGAGCGAGCGGCCCAGUUGACGAAGGCGGGUCUGAAGCAGCGAAGGACCUAUGGGUUGAUAAAAGAGUGGAUCGAAUGCUCGUUGAACAUUUUCUUCGGGCUGGCUAUUACGAAACCGCGUUGAAGCUAGCCGAUCGCUGCGAUUUGCGUGAGUUAACGAAUACUGAGCUAUUUCUCGUCUCUCGUGACGUCGAAGAUGCGCUUCAGCGUGGUGACACCGCUCCCUGCCUAGCGUGGUGCCAUGAUAACAAGUCAAAGCUGCGGAAACUUCAUAGCACCCUCGAAUUUAAUAUACGUCAACAGGAGUUCAUUGAAUUAAUUCGGUUAGGCCAGCGAAUGGAGGCUGUCAAACAUGCACGUAGGCACUUUUCCACCCUCGAGCCAGAGCAACUGGAUGAUAUCCAGCGAACGAUGUUCCUUCUUGCGCUGCCUGUCGACAAUUUCGAAGCGAUACGUGCACCCUAUCGCGAUCUGUGUGAUCCAAACCGCUGGCGUCGUCUGGUAGAACUUUUCCGCUACGAAAACCACCGUUUGUACCAACUUGGCAGGUCGAGCGUGUUCAGUGUGACUCUUCAGGCUGGCUUAUCAGCCCUUAAAACGCCCCAUUGCUACAGUCGAUCUCGAUCGGACGUGAACGCUUACAGAUCCGAGGUGUCCAACGCAAACUGCCCUGUUUGUUCUCGGCAUCUAAACGUCCUCGCACAAGCCUUGCCAUUUGCGCAUUGUGCACAGUCUAGAUUGAUCUGCUGGUUAUCCGGAGCUCCUCUGAACGAGAAUAAUGCUCCAUUAAUGUUGCCAAACGGACAUGUCUACGGUGAAAUUGCCCUGAAAGAUAUGGCAUCCACAAAUCGUGGAAAGAUAACCUGUCCUAGAACGGGUGAUGUGUUUGAUCUUAAAGACUGCGAAAAGGUCUUUGUCAUGUAAACGAAGUACAUUCACGAGACGCACAGCAAAUCUCCCGCUCGUGCCUAUGCGACAGCUAGAUUCUCCAUACCACCUGCAACGAUACCGGCUUUGCCUCUCAAAGCAGCCUGUUUUUACGUACAUUUAGUGCCGUACGUUUAGUGCUAAUAACAAGGUAUUGAUGACUUCCUAACACUGUGCCAGUACGAUUCCUCUGCGCACUUCAGCAUCAACGGUUUUGGGUGGAGGCUAUAUUUGGCGGGAUUAAUAUUUGUUGGUUUUAUAAAACCUAAAAAGGGCGCGGUAUCUACGGGAUGUGUUGCUGAUCGUCGGAAUUCAAAAAAGGAAGCGUAUCGGCACAUCGGUAUAUGGAUAUAGGUAGUGAUAAAAAAAAAACAAAAAAGUAAUAAUGACCUCGUUCUGCAAGAACAAAAUGUGGGUCCUAAGAAAGGCAGGCUGUUUUUUCGACGUGAAAAAUUUACCCUGGCUUCGCUCUAGGUGGACGGAAGAAUUGAAAACUAUGUAAUUCUAUUAAGGUUUAUUAUUACAUGCUAUAAUUUACAUGGCGUACAGACGUAAAGCUCUGUUACGUUCGAAAUCAUAAAACAGCGUGAAGACGAAAAAUAAUGCGUCUUAGUGUGUGGUGUAGGCAGAAGAAGUAAUGUAUAAUACACUUAUAACGGGAACGAUGAGGUGAAAAGUGAAGUGUGAAGAAGAGGAGAUGGAGACACAAAUUACACUGACCCCAAUGUAAGUGUAAUGACCAUAGUUAGCGGUAGGUUAGUUAGAUACAGCGCUAAUUAUGGAGAAAAUGGACUAACUGCUGCAUUGUGAUUCUUGUUCUCUUUGGGCGAUAUAGCGCAAGAGCAGAUUAAGGGCAUUUCGAAAAUUAAUGGUUACGCCCUGACGAAGAGCAAACUGGAUCAGUAAAUGGUUAGGUUUUUCGCUAAACUGAGUAUUUUUUGUUUCAUGAAAGAGCUGGUACCUUCUCUUUUUUACAGAUAAUUGAUCUUCUUUUGUUCUCUAUAUCUCACUUGAACAUCGAUACGAAUUUUAUAUUACCAGCAAGUAAAUUCGUCUGUUAUUUAUUCUGUUGUUUCUGAUCGCCGUUCACAGUUGAUGUUUGUUACUCGAAAUUACCGGCUCCAAUGUCUAACGUGCAUAAAUCGAUUCCUUAAAAAAUUAACAAAAGUUAAUGAAAUAUUCAUUGUCCAUUCUAUAAUAAACGAAACAUCGACCCGAACGAAUGGUUCCACGUUAAUGCAAAACAAAAAAGUUCUAAACCAGUUUGCCAUUCGAAUUUGAGUAACCACAACUUGCUGAUUGUAGCGUUUGUCGAUCUCACGCGACAAUGGAGCGAAACUUUCCGUGGCUGGCUGGUUAUGCAAGAUUCACUAAAAAGAUGAUAACGGAAAGGCCUGUCACCUGCAAUAGACUAAUGUAUGAUAUGCAUAAACUGUAACGGUUUGGAUAUGCUUUAUGUUAUAGUGCACGAAGAAGGAAUAAGAAAUUGAUUAGAUAAAUAACACUGGGUCAAAAGCCAUCAUUCAGAGGGGACGCGGGAACAGUAUGAAACGUAACCCAUGACGAUAUCAAGCAUAUUAAAAUUAUUAAUAUCUAAUCUUAUUGAUUGACAGUUUUGAAUUUUCGACACGUAAACAACACCGCGAACACUGGCUGUUUGUAAAAUCAGCUUCAAUGAGCAAAUUAUAUAACCACACCGAACUAAAGUUCUUGUUUCGGCUCGACCUCUGGCGGUGUCGAAAUUAUUCGCGUUGAAGUCAUCGAAUGGCUCGCGCUGUGUGACCGACGGUGGCUAAAAUUCGUUCAGAAAGAUCGUUAGAACCUUCAUGAUGAUCCGGAUAUUUAUAUACAUCCGACGAAGCCACGAAACGACGAAGAGAUAUAUCUUUUCAUCGUUUAAGAGAUGUUCCUAAUCAACAGAUUGGACAUUCUCAUAUAUAUGAUACAUACAACAACAAUUAAUGAAAUUAUUAUUACCAUGUAAUAAUAACGAAACAAAAUAAA